AAUUGACCUGGUGAUUGUCCUAGAUGCUUCAACUAGUGUUACUGAAACCAACUUUCAACUGAUGAAGAACUUUGUCAAAGACUUUCUGCAAGAUGCAGACAUUGAUGGUGGUAAUGUGAGGGUUGGUGUGAUCAUAUACAGCACAGAAGACUAUGUCCAGUUCCACUUGAACACUUACAGAACCAGUGCUGAUUGGUGUGACACAUUAUAUAAGAGGUUUACUGUUGUGAUGUUUGGUGUGAUAAACGGUGUGUCUUCCGAAUCAUCUGAAGAGACAAUCCGCAGAGCUAUUGAGGCUCAUGAUGAAGGCAUUCACAUCUUCAGCAUUGGAGUGGGCAUCUACACAGUUGGCCUCAAUAUUGGAGAUGCCACCGAACUUGAUGAAAUUAGCUCCAAGCCUCUGGAUGAAUACAAGACCGUAGCCAGAAGUGAAGAAGAGCUAGAUGAAUUACCUGGCAUUUACAAGUACAGAAUUGAAAGAGGUUUUAUUGACACCAAGGCCACCAGUAAUAGUGACUCCUCGCCCGACAGUUCCUCGGCCAACAAGAACUGUAGAACCAAAGGUGAUGUGGUCUUUGUGCUGGACUCAUCUGGCAGUGUUGGAGAGUACAACUUUGGACUGGUCAAAAAUUUCACUCAAGAAACUAUCAAGGAUUUGAGUGUUGACAGUGGCUUGUACAGAAUUGGUGUCAUUACUUUCAGUGACUCAUCAAGAGUACAGUUCCAGCUCAACACGUACACCACAAGGCAAGAAAUCUUUGAUGCCAUCCAAAAGAUACCAUAUGUUUAUGGACGUACACACACAGCUGAGGCUCUCAGGAGAGUUCGUACAGAAAUGUUCACAGUCAGAAAUGGAGACAGACCUGAUGUUCCCAAUUUGCUGGUGGUUGUUACGGACGGUCAGUCCAAUAUCAACCAUGAACAAACACUGCCAGAAGCCAGGCAGAUUAAGGCAGCUGGAGCCACGAUUGUUACUGUAGCCAUUGGUCUUGAGAAGAAUUAUGAGAUUCAGGGACUAACCUCACCCCCUCUUGAUGAGAACAUUGUGGAAGUGACUGAUUUUGAUGGCCUUAGCAGACUUUCUCGGUUGAUUGUUGCCCCACUGUGCUCAGAUACCAACCUAUGUGACAGGAACCCAUGCAGGAAUGAGGGUGUUUGUGUAGAUGGUUUGAGGUCCUACAUGUGCCUUUGCACUCCAGGAUUCUAUGGUGAAAUCUGUGACAAAUCAUGUGGGCCCCCUGCUGAUGUUGUCCUCAUUCUGGAUUCCUCAACUUCUAUUGGCUCCGCACAAUUUAGUGCCAUUAAAGGAUAUGCCCAGACAUUGGUCAGUGAAAUGAACGUGGAGACCUGCAACAUCCAUGUCGGUGUGAUCAAGUACAGUUCUGCAGCCAUGAUUCAGUUCAACCUAGGAGUCUACGACACAGAAGAUGAAAUCAUCCAGGGAAUCCAACGGAUUAGCUUCACUCCUGCCAGGGCAAACAUGGCUGAGGCUAUCAGAGUUGUACGCACACAAAUGUUCAACAACAGAAAUGGAGACAGACCUAGUGCUCGUAACAUUGCUUUCCUGUUGACUGAUGGCUCUGCAGAAAUCAACCGUGACAUCACUUCAUCAGAAAUUGAUCUGACUAUUGAUGCUGGUGUUCGUCUUGUUCCCCUUGGGGUCAGUCCUAGGGACCGUACAGAAAUUGAAUACAUCGCAGAAAGUCAAGGCCUACGACUCAUGGAAAUUGAGGAGAACUCUGACUUUACAGCCAUGAGUGACCAGGUCCUAGAAGCUGUGCAUGACCCUCAAAAUCACUGUUCACCGAACCCAUGCCAGAAUGGUGGAGAAUGUGUGAAUGCACCACUUGGCUUCACCUGUGUGUGUUCUAAUGGAUUUGCUGAAAAGAAUAAGUGUGCUGAGAAUCCAUGCCGCAAUGGAGGAACUUGUGAGAAUGGGGAGAAGACAUUUGCGUGUCGUUGUCCACCUGGAUAUGCUGGCAUAGACUGCAGCAGAAACUCAAGUGUUUGUGCUGAGAACCCUUGUAGAAAUGGCGGCACCUGUGUGGCUGGUGUUGGCACCUUUUCCUGUCAGUGUCUGCAAGGCUACAUUGGCGAGUUCUGUGAAGUGG